AUGGCAACCGCGGACAAAACUGAUCCAAUCGUUAAUAAGGAACAAUCCUCAAUUCAUAAAGAUGGAGAAAUUCCUAGCGAAGACCUACGUAGAGGAAUAGAGCAAUUAGUUGAACGUUUGACUGUUAUCAUGAAUGAAACCCGUUCAAUUUCAGCUACGGAAGAUAUACUGUUGAAUUUAGAAAGCACGGAUGAGAAUUUCCAUAAAUAUGAGUUAGUUAAACUAUUACGGAGGAAGAUUGAGACACAACUGGGUCCACUUAUUGAUGAUGAGUUAGAUCGGAUUAGCCUAAGUAAAGAAGCACAACAAGAUCAUAUAUCGAAUCUAUGCAAUAAAAUCUUAUCUUCUCAAGAAUUUUCAAAUUUCUCUCAUUCACUCCAUUACGAAAUAAAAACUAUUAUAGAUGAUUUGGUGCAGAAUUAUCAUGACGACAUUCACUAUCACACCAAUCAAAUGGAAGGUAUAAAAACUAAGUCUGGAAUUAUAAAAGACGAGAUUAUUUUUUUAAAUAGUAGUUCAGAAGACGACAGCGAAUAUUCUUCGACCGAGGACUUUUUUUUCACAUCUCAAAAGAAGCUCAAUUCGAUUGCAAAGAACUUAGGUAAAGAAAAUACUAAAGAGGAUCGCCUUCGCGCAGUUAGAGCAUUAUCUAAUAUGCCAGAAUCGGAUAUUAUAAGUGGAGAUUUUUGGUCAAUACUAUUUGAGAAUUUAACAACUAUAUUAUCGGAUGACGAUAGAGAAAUAGCUGAAUCAGGUCUUUGCUUUCUGGAAUCUGUACUGUCAUCCUCUGACUACUUACUUACAACUCAUAUCUAUAGUACUUUAGUAAAUUAUUUACAAAGCUUCUUCGCUGACCCUGAUAAUAAAAAAUACAGUCAAGAAGUUUUCGACAUAAACCAAACUCAAUUCAAUCAUUUGUUGAAAGGAAUGCGACUAAUGAAUUUAUUCCUGCGCGAUAUGGCACCUUACCUAGUUCGCUAUUCAGAGAAAUUUAUUGUUACCAUUAUAGAAUCAACCCUAAAAUUAAUGAAUAUCUCAACCAGCACUGUACAAAUUGGGUCUAUUAAAGUUACACCUAUGUAUUUAAUUGGACUAAUUGAUCCCAAUGCUAUUUGGUUAGACAGAAUUACGAUAGUAUUAGCUAUUUCCAAAUGUUUUCGUGUCAUUAAUGAUUUCGACCAAGAAAUAAUCAUUGCGAACACCAAAGAAGAAAGCGAUCAAAUGGCCCAAGGUGGCAGACAACUUUUCCCAAUUCAACUGCCAAACAUUGACGACUUCAACGUUGAAGAUUUGCUAGUCUAUAUGAUUAAACUUAUGAUGGCAUUUUCGAAGACCUCUAUAUCAAUAGAAGAUAAACUCAACCCUGCUAGUGUUGUACUGAGAAUUCUUCGACGGCUUAUUGCUAAUACCAUUACAUGUCAACAGUGCAUCUGUAAGGAACGAUUAAUCAAUGUAUUACUUUCUCCAAUAACUUCAAUCCUAGAAACAGGCAAUGACAUGAAAGGAUUCAUAGAUAACACUUUUGUAUAUGUAAUUGAAAUUUUAAUGGCACUUUCCGCCUCGAGUCUUGGUUUCGAAUUCUUAAUUAAUUGGAAAGUUCCUAUCCGUAUCUUGGUUCAAUUUACAAAAGAAUUAUUAAAGCCAGAUAAAUCAGCACAAAAAUGGCCUGCUAAAUACGUAGUAAAAAUUAUGACAUUUUUUCGACAUUUAUACCAAACGUGUAUUGGUUUCUCGCUGUUGGAGGAACUAGAUUCGCAUGAUACUCUGUUAAAUUUUCCAUUUAAGGUUAAAGACCUUAGUUCUACAGCUACGUCAUCGUCAAAUCUUGACAGUCAGCUUGUUCAUUGGGACUCAAGGUUAUUAUGGCAGCUUAUCGAUUGUAUUACAUACUAUGCUAUGACACCCAAGGGUGUUUUAAAAUUGGAAUCACACGAUGCACUGGUCGACUGCGUAAAUCAUAUCUACUACAUUUGUUAUCAAGAUAUUCAGAUUUUAGAACAUGAAAAGUUGCCAUACUAUAUUAUCCUAACAAAUAUCACAUCCACACCACCUGGAAUAAAUGCUUUACUAAAGACAGAUUAUAUGAAAUAUUUGGCUAGUGAUAUUUGGUCUGCCUUUGAUGCUCAACGGCCUGAUGAUUUCUUUAUUAUACCACAAACAUUUUUAUAUUUACCUGGUGAUCCAAUGGAUAAGAAAACCUACGAUGUAUUUAUAGCAAUUAUUAGACUACUGUCAUCAUUUCCGGCAGUAUACGAAAUUCUUUUAAAGGAAACGUUAUCACGUGAAAAAUCCCUGAUUCCGGUGGAAACACUUGAAGAUAUUAUUCAGCAAAUGAUUCUCAUCGAUAUUGAAGAACAGACUUUUGCUGAAUGUGAUUAUUCUCAGUGGCAUUUAUUUGGACUACGUGACGAAUUUAUAGCUGAUGUCCAUUCUAUUGAACGCAAUCGGAUUCUUGUCAGAAUUAGCUCUAUUGGUGGUCCCACAGAACGUCAUCUUCCUACCAGAGAUAUCUCGAAUCCUGAGGAUCUACCACCUCAAUUUUCUUGUCUUCCGCUGCCAUCAUAUUACUUACCAGAUAUGCAAAAUCAAAAAUCAUCAGUUGCUACAGAAAUUAUAGAAGUAAUCAGGUCGCAAGAGGAAUUGAGUAGUGAGGAUUGGUUGAGAAAUUGUAAAGACGCAUUUUAUCGCCUUAUUACUUUGGAGCCUGAAAAAUUGGUUGGAGCCGGUUUAUCUGAUCUUUUAUGCGCCGUUUGUGUUGUGUCAGAGAAACAGGAAGUUUAUCUACCUAAAAUAGCCACAACAGAUAGUGAUUUGUCUCGGACACAAGCAUUUGAUCGUACGAAUGAUAUGAUAUCGAAAGGGAUUUAUUUAGUCAUAAACUACGGGCAGCGUCUUCAUUUACUUGAAAAUACGCCGAAUAACUAUUCAAAUUUAUCAAGCCUUUAUCAUCGUUUUUAUAAUCACCUAAAAGUUGAUUCAUCGAAUAAGUACACAGGAUUUGAUUGGUUUGCUGCCACUGUAUACUUAAUGCUACGCGGUAAUUCUGAUUUAACAUGGGACUUUCUAUGCCGAUUUUCUACAACAUUAUCAUCUUUAUUUUUAUGGAUGCCACGUGUUUACGCGGGAGUGACUUCAAGUCCAUUGCUUGAUUCGGAAAUUCAUCCAACUUUUUCCAUAAUCUGCCACGAAAUCGAUCGCGUUUUACAAAUUUGCCAACAUUGGCUAAGACAAAUGUUUUGGAAUUUCUUAGAUUGGCAGGAAAUUUGCUACUAUCUAUCGAUAUGUAUUAUUUUAGGUGCUGAUUAUCAGUAUAUCCAUCCUGCGGAAUCUUUCAAACACUCUAUUGUUGCAAACACUGCUAUGAUAUCACCAUUAAAUGUUAUGGCGGAUGAAUGUAUUUGUCUAGGUAUACUUUUGUAUAUCGAUACUUCGUCAUCUUCAAGAUAA